AUGGAUUUCGGUUCCCUGGAGACGGUGGUGGCCAACUCGGCCUUCAUUGCCGCCCGGGGCAGCUUCGACGGGAGCAGUGGCCCAUCUUCUCGGGACAGGAAGUACCUGGCCAAGCUCAAGUUGCCCCCACUGUCCAAGUGUGAGGGCCUCCGGGAGAGCCUGGACCUGGCGUUCCCGAGUGUGUGCUCAGAGCAGCCCAUCGGCAAGCGGCUGUUCCAGCAGUUCCUGGGGGCUGACGAGAGGCACAUGCCGGCUCUGGAGCUCUGGAAGGACAUCGAGGACUAUGACACGGCAGAUGAUGACCUCCGGCCACAGAAAGCCCGGGCCAUCCUGGCCGGGUACCUGGACCCCCAGGCCAAGCUCUUCUGCAGCUUCCUGGACGAGGGGAUAGUGGCGAAGGCCCGGGAGGGGCCUGUGGCGAGAGGGGAUGGGCUCUUCCAGCCCCUGCUUCAGGCCACCCUCGCGCACCUGAGCCAGGCACCCUUCCAGGAGUACCUGGGCAGUCUGUACUUCCAGAGGUUCCUGCAGUGGAAGUGGCUGGAGGCCCAGCCGACGGGCGAGGACUGGUUCCUAGACUUCAGGGUCCUAGGGAAAGGUGGCUUCGGGGAGGUGUCCGCCUGCCAGAUGAAGGCCACCGGCAAGCUGUAUGCGUGCAAGAAGCUCAACAAGAAGAGACUCAAGAAAAGGAAGGGGUACCAGGGUGCUAUGGUAGAGAAGAAGAUUCUAGCAAAGGUACACAGCAGGUUUAUAGUCUCUCUGGCCUAUGCAUUUGAAACCAAAACUGACCUCUGUCUGGUGAUGACUAUCAUGAAUGGAGGCGACAUAAGGUACCACAUCUACAACGUGAAUGAGCAGAACCCUGGCUUCCAGGAGCCCCGCGCUGUCUUCUACACGGCCCAGAUCGUCAGCGGCCUGGAGCACCUGCAUCAGAGGGGUAUUGUCUACCGAGACCUCAAGCCUGAGAACGUACUUCUGGACGACGACGGCAAUAUCCGAAUUUCUGACCUUGGGCUGGCUGUGGAGCUGAAGGACGGGCAGACCAAGACCAAGGGCUAUGCGGGCACCCCAGGUUUCAUGGCCCCCGAGCUGUUGCGGGGCGAGGAGUACGACUUCUCGGUGGACUACUUCGCCCUGGGCGUCACGCUGUAUGAGAUGAUCGCAGCCAGAGGACCCUUCCGUGCCCGAGGAGAGAAGGUGGAGAACAAGGAGCUCAAGCAGAGGAUCCUCUCCGAGGUGGUCAAGUACCCGGACAAGUUCAGCCAGGCCAGCAAGGACUUCUGCGAGGCGCUGCUGGAGAAGGACCCCGAGAAGCGCCUGGGGUUCAGAGACGGGACGUGUGAUGGGCUCCGCGCCAACCCCCUCUUCAAGGACAUUAACUGGAGACAGCUCGAGGCUGGGAUGCUGACACCUCCCUUUGUCCCGGACUCCAGGACGGUCUAUGCCAAGAACAUCCAGGACGUGGGCACCUUCUCCACCGUCAAGGGCGUGACCUUCGACAAAGUCGAUACGGAGUUCUUCCAGGAAUUCGCGACUGGCAACUGCCCCAUUCCCUGGCAGGAGGAGAUGAUCGAGACGGGCGUGUUCGCGGAGCUGAAUGUGUGGCGCUCUGAUGGGCAGAUGCCCGACGACAUGAAGGGGGUUGCUGUGGAGGGGGCAGCCCCGGCGUCCAAGUCAGGGAUGUGUCUGGUUUCCUAAAUGUGCAGGAAAAGGGAGCUCUGUGGCCUGCAGGGAGAGCUCUGUGAGAGCACCCGUGUGAGUCGCUGGGUGCCCACAGCACUGUCAGGGGACAGGCAAGGAGUGGACAGGAGUCCAGCCCGUAAAUAGUCCACUUCCUUUGCCCCAUUCACUCAGACAUAACAGUGGUUCCCAGAUGGACUAGAGUGCCACGCACAGCUCAAGGACUCUUGUCGGCAUCCCAGCCAGCAGCGGUGUCGGCCGCCGGGGUGAAGGGCUGCUCAUACCAGAGGAUGCUCCGUGUGUGUUUCCAGAGCCCUGCCCUCAGUGGGAGGCCUUCUCCUGGCUGGCUCGGGUUGGCAAACCAUGGCCCGUGGGCUCGCGGCCACCAGCAGAGAGGCCUGGGUUGUGCCCAGCUUCUGGCCCCCGAGCCGGUCACCAUCUACAUGCUGGUGAUGCUGGGAUCUGCCAGGUGCUGAAUGGCGCAGGCUCCAAGGGGUUGCCUUGCCUGGGGGGUGGGGAGAGUGACCACAGCAGUCUCCCCCUUGGCUUCUCUUUGUCCUGAGAACAUCUCCAGCUGAUGGCACCUGGCCCCGAAGCUGCCCACCUCCUGGGCAGACAGGUGUGCGGGAAUUCUCUGUCCACCCCGAGCACCUGCUUACCACGUGACUCUGCCUCCCGGCAAAGCCCUUUCUCAAGCUCCUCUCCUGGGCAAGCUUGGGGCAGGCCGGCUGAUGGCUGGGGACAGGCCGUCUCCGGAUCCCCACCGGCAACAGCGCCUACAGUGGGGUCCUAACCCUUACACAGUGUGCCCUCCCUCUGGCCUGAAGCCCCAAGGCACCAUCCUCACCAGCUCCCAUGUUUCCAGCUUCACCUUAAGCCUCAAAGUUCCCCAAAUGCUUUACACAUUCGAACGGGAAGAACACAGUUUUUGUGGAGGGGCCUCUGACGAUGUUCACUCCUACGUUGGGAUUUGGUGGCGUUGGCCUGGGAAUCCCAUACUGCUCUGAGGGCUCCGGUAGGACCGAGCCCGGGGAGGAGCUGUGGUUUAGGGCCUGUGGAGUACUUUCCAGAAGGGUCUGUUCCUCUCCUAGGGAAGAACUUCUAAGUCCCUGCAGCUCACACAUGUGUCGCGUGCUGGUCCAGGCAGAGGGCCACGUGAUGGGACUGUGAGAUGCCGGUUGCAUGUGGGGAUCAUGUGGGAAGACGGUGUCAUUUAACUAUCUGGGGGGGUUGAAGUGGGGACCUGCAAGGGAGCACGAAAGACAGGGUCCUACCCCGUUCUAGUCCCUGGCUGGGCUCACAGCCUCCUUUCCCAGCUGCCUCAGGGUAGCCUACCCCGGGUGUGCGGGGUGUCCCUGCCCUCAGACUGUUAACCCCGGGUGUGCUGGGCACCCCUGCCCUCAGACCGUCAGCACCAAGUGUCAGCACAGAGUGUUUGUGGGGCCAUUGCCCUCAUCCCCGUGUGUUUGGGGCUGUGUUGCCGGCAGACGUCCGCAUGUGGUCCGCUCCCCCCACCCUCGGGAACAGGGGGUCUGCAGCCCACAGCCCUGGAGGGUCGCUGCUCGGGACCCCCCUCCUGCUUGGUGCAGGGCCGUGCAGGGCGACGCCAUGUCCCCAGCCUCAUGUGUGGCACACGGUUGUUCGGGGUGCAGUGGCCAGCGGGGGGUGGAGAGAAUCGUGUGUUCUUCAGAAGAUGUUAUGCAUGUGAAGCCUCUGCCUUGAAAGCACCCUUGGACCAGAAAGAUCCUUGUGUCCUGGCCGUGCGCAUGGCCCACCAGAGGCAAAGAAUGCUCUGGAUGGGCCUGGAGAGGCGUCCAGUGCUUUCUGGCGUGUGACCUGGAAGUGCCCCUUGGCAUGUCCCUGCAGGCGACCCAGGACCAGGGACAAGCUGCUGCGCCCCCCUAAACCAGGACGGUGCACAUUGACUAGGUAACGGCCAACGUGUCACUUCUCUACAUUUUGGAGCAAGAAAGACCUGUUUCUGUCUCUUCUAAACCCAUAGAAUCUGUUCUAGUCCCCCCUGGACUGAGUGAUUCCAGCAGCCAUGUUGGUGGAGGUCUGCCCUCCCCGCCAGCCUGGAGCCCCAGCGUCCGGCCUCGGGGCCCUGUCUGCCUGGACCACCAGAUAAAACAGGGUGUCAGGUGCAUCUGGAUUUCAGAUGAACAGCAAAUACUGUUUUUAGUGUGUGUCCCAAAUAUCGCAGGGGCUGCACGUAGACUCAAAUUAUUCAGUGUGGUUUGCUGGAUCUGCUGUGCCCGUUGCAGAUUAUAGAUGUCACGUGUCAGUAAGUAGCUGGUUAUUCCACUGAACUAGCAGGUCUGGUGGACGUAACCAUGACUUCGGCCGUCUCUCAGUCUGUCCAGAAGCCCCAGCGCCCCUACCCCCUGCUCCUCCAACUAGAGGCGACCCUGCACACACUUUAACGGUCUCAAGGCGCUAAUGUGAGAUGCCCAGCAUGCGUGGACAUUGCCGCUCCUAUGGGAUGCUCCCAACCCCCCCCCGAGCGCUCCUGGGGGUCCAGUCGGGGGGAUGGUCAGUGCUUGGGGGUUUCUUCACUCUCUCAGGGGAUCUCUGCUAUGGGUGGUCUUCCAGGCACAGCCCCCCGACCUGGCACAGUCCCAGGGGUCUGGCUGUCCCACACUCAUGAGAGUCCUCCCCUCAGCUGUGGCCUGGGUCCAGGGGACACACCGCCUGUCCUGGACGCUCAGCCUCGGGAGGCCGUCAGGACCUUUGGGUUGCCUGCUGGCUUGUCUCUGGCUUGGGGGCUGUCCACACCAGGCCUAAGGGGAGGUCCCCUGCAGAGAAGCCUUCCUCACUGCCCCUACCGUCCUGCACACCACAGCCACCAACAGUCUUCAGAAACCAGCCCCGACACCCCCAGAGGGUGGCUGGCCUCAGCCACUUGGGCGUCUUCGGCCCUGGCCACAGCCCGGCGAGAAUCACCUUCGUGGUGGGGGGAUUGUCCAGACAUGCACCGUGGUGGCCAGGCAGCAGAGGGACCCUGGAGAUACUGGGAUCAAAAGGACUCAGUGCGACUUCUUGUUUGUAAAAAACAAAAAAUGCAGUUUCUAUUCAAGCAGAAAAAGGCAAAAAUAAAAGGUAA